ACAGAGUAAAUUGACAUAAAAUAUCAAAAACACCCUUACAUUAUAAUUCAAAAUGACGUUUUUACCCCUAGAUAAAUUUACCAUAUUUCUCAUUGACAGAAAUAUAGAUUUUCUCAAAUCCACUAUACUCCAUCCAUACUUACUCACACACCCUUCUAACUUCAAAUACCUUUUUUUUUUUUUUGGUUUAAAUUUGUUCUUUAUUCAUGUUCUUCAACUAAAACCUCCUUCUUCACCUCUCUUCUCCUUCACCACCACCUUCACCUUCAUCUUCACCUUCUUAUUAUAAUUGCCAAAAAGAAACCCCAUUACAUUUCAAACUAGAGCAAUUUAUAACGUAAUCUUCACACUCAAAACAACACAAUAAAUUCCCCUUUUUCUUUUUCUUUUUCUCUGUAUCUCCACUUCACAAAGUUCAGACCCUUCCACCUGCUAAUAUGCAUAAUCUCUUCAAUUUCAUCAUCUCAAUCCCAUCAAAUUAAUUAGGGUAUUGCAUAAUUUUCUUCAUAAAUCACAAAAAAAUUAGGGUUUUUCGAUUUCCGGAAUUUCCCCCUUCAGAAAAGGGGAUUAUUAUUUUUUUUAUUUUUUAUUUUUUAUUUUUUUUCUUUUAAAUUUGCAAUGUCGGAUUUGGAUAGUUUGAUUACAAAGAAAGUUGCUGAUCGCUACUUGAAGCGUGAAGUUCUUGGUGAAGGUACCUAUGGUGUUGUCUACAAGGCCAUCGAUACCCAGACAAAUCAAACUGUUGCAAUCAAAAAAAUUCGUCUUGGAAAGCAGAAGGAAGGUGUGAAUUUCACUGCCCUGAGAGAAAUUAAACUGUUAAAAGAGCUUAAAGACCCUAACAUAAUAGCGUUGAUAGAUGCCUUCCCCCAUAAGGGAAACUUGCAUCUUGUGUUUGAGUUCAUGGAGAGUGAUCUUGAAGCUGUCAUUCGGGAUAGGAAUAUUGUACUCUCUCCUGCUGACACGAAAUCUUAUCUACAAAUGACCUUGAAAGCACUAGCUUUUUGUCACAAGAAGUGGGUCCUUCACAGGGAUAUGAAGCCAAACAAUCUGUUGUUAGCAGCUGAUGGACAACUCAAACUUGGGGAUUUUGGUUUAGCACGUAUAUUUGGCAGUCCAGAUCGCAGGUUUACCCAUCAAGUUUUUGCUAGAUGGUAUAGAGCACCUGAGCUGCUAUUUGGCACUAAGCAAUAUGGUCCUGCGGUAGAUGUCUGGGGUGCUGCUUGUGUGUUUGCAGAACUACUAUUGAGAAGACCGUUUUUACAGGGUUCAAGUGACAUUGAUCAACUUGGCAAAAUUUUUGCAGCCUUUGGGACACCAAAGCCUGCUCAGUGGCCUGAUAUGGUAUACCUUCCUGAUUAUGUGGAAUACCAAUAUGUGCCAGCACCUCCUUUACGUACAUUGUUCCCAAUGGCAAGUGAUGAUGCUUUGGAUUUGUUGUCUAAGAUGUUCGCUUACGAUCCAAAAGCUCGAAUUUCUGCGCAGCAGGCCUUGGAGCACAGAUACUUCACAUCACCACCAGCUGCUACAAAUCCAGCUUCUUUACCACGACCUUCACAUAAAGGCGAUAACAACUCAAAAGUUCCUGAGUCUAAUCCAAAUGAAGGACCUACUGUGUUGUCUCCACCUAGAAAAAUGAGAAGAGUAAUGCCCAAUAGAAAUGAUGGGGGUGAAGAAAAUGUUCACAAUGCUGAAAAGUUAGAUGAUCAUGUCAGUGGGAGUAGAUUAACAACUGGCCGAAGCUCAAGCAGAACUGACACAAUACCAAUGUCAAUAGAUUUUUCUGUGUUUGGAUCUAGACCUCCUCCUAGACCAACUAUUAACAGUGCUGAUAGGACACAUCUAAAGCGCAAACUAGAUCUUGAAUUCCAGAUGCCUGAAUAAAAUCAAUACUAGAUACCAAGUUGUGUUUUUCUGUGUGUUUUCUGAUUGUUCAGGCACACAUUGUCAGGCAGUUUAUCAAUGAAGAAUCCUGCAGUGGGAGUCUGAUGAUGGUUGAAGAUCUGUAGAGCUUAUUGAGAGGGUUGGUAGAAGGCAGGGGCAAAUAAAUUGAGCUUUAUCAUUUCCCUUCAAACCCUCGGCAACCGUUGAAAAUUUGAUGGGGAACAUUGAUUGAUGAACAAUUUUUUAUACUUUCUAAAUUUUGUUUUGUAAGGUAUCAUGUGCGAUGUAGAACUGAGUGAAUUAUUGUAACAGCCUAACAGGUGAUGAUGAGUGUAGAGGGAUUUUUUUUUUAUAUAUUUUUUUUUAUUUUUUUGCAGAAGUUACCAGUUGCCUCUCCAGAUGUUGAGAGUUAUUCAAUUGUUGUAAACAAUCUUCGUGUAUGAUGUCGAUUGUUUAAGGGAAGUUAUCAUGAUUAA